UUCAGGACUGCUGUAGGGGGGCUACUGAAUGGGAGCAGUCACUAGAUUCGUGUGAUACCAAAGCAACACACCAGAACACCUACUACUGCCCAUCGGAUUUGACUUUUUGGGACGUUUAGGGCACAAACAGAACAAGAUCACCUCUAUUUUUCCGGUUGUCCCCUUCCCCUUUCCUUCCUCACGGAUUGUUUUGAAAGAGAAAUCCUGCAGUCAUGGCUCAAAUACUGCCGAUACGAUUUCAGGAACAUCUGCAGCUGCAGAACAUGGGUGUGAACCCGGCCAACAUCGGGUUCAGCUAUCUGACCAUGGAGUCAGACAAGUUCAUCUGCAUCAGAGAGAAGGUGGGCGAUCAGAACCAGGUGGUGAUUGUGGACAUGUCCGACCCUACCAACCCCAUCAGGAGACCCAUCUCUGCUGACAGCGCCAUCAUGAACCCCGCCAGCAAGGUCAUCGCCUUGAAAGCUGCCAAGACGCUGCAAAUCUUCAACAUCGAGAUGAAGAGUAAGGUGAAGGCUCACACCAUGACGGAGGAGGUCAUGUUCUGGAAGUGGAUAUCGGUAAACACCGUUGCCUUGGUGACAGAUACGGCUGUCUAUCACUGGAGCAUGGAGGGGGAUUCCCAGCCCACCAAAGUAUUCGAUCGGCACGCCAGUCUGGCCGGAUGUCAGAUCAUCAACUAUAGAACUGAUGAACAACAGAAAUGGCUACUGCUGAUAGGGAUUUCUGCACAGCAAAACCGUGUGGUAGGGGCGAUGCAGCUCUAUUCUGUUGACAGAAAAGUUUCCCAGCCCAUUGAGGGCCACGCUGCAGCCUUUGGGGAGUUCAAAGUGGAAGGAAAUGCCAAAGCAUCCACCCUCUUCUGCUUUGCUGUGCGCUCACAGGCUGGGGGAAAGUUGCACAUCAUUGAAGUUGGUCAGCCAGCUGCAGGAAACCAGCCAUUUGCAAAGAAAGCAGUGGACGUGUUCUUCCCUCCAGAGGCCCAGACAGAUUUUCCUGUCGCUAUGCAGAUUGGCAACAAGCAUGGUGUAAUAUAUUUGAUCACAAAGUAUGGGUACAUUCACCUAUAUGACCUGGAGUCUGGAGUGUGCAUCUACAUGAACCGAAUCAGUGCAGAGACCAUCUUUGUUACCGCCCCUCAUGAAGCCACCUCAGGAAUUAUUGGGGUCAACAAGAAGGGACAGGUGUUGUCAGUUUGUGUUGAAGAGGAAAACAUUGUCAACUAUGCCACCAACGUCCUGCAGAAUCCGGAUCUAGCCUUGAGGAUUGCUGUGAGGUCAAACCUUGCCGGGGCCGAGGAGAUUUUUGCCAGGAAGUUCAAUACUCUGUUUGCACAGGGAAGUUAUUCAGAGUCUGCAAAGGUUGCCGCAUCAGCACCCAAGGGUAUCCUGCGGACAGCAGAGACCAUCCGUAAGUUUCAGAGUGUCCCGGCCCAGCCAGGGCAGGCCUCUCCACUGUUGCAGUACUUUGGUAUUCUGUUGGACCAAGGCCAGCUGAACAAGUUUGAGUCUCUGGAACUGUGCAGGCCUGUCCUGCAGCAGGGCCGCAAACAGCUGCUGGAGAAAUGGCUAAAGGAGGACAAGCUUGAGUGCUCAGAGGAGCUGGGAGACCUGGUGAAGGCCUCUGACCCCACCCUUGCUCUCAGUGUGUACCUCAGAGCUAACGUCCCCAACAAGGUCAUCCAGUGCUUUGCUGAGACUGGACAGUUCCAGAAGAUAGUGUUGUAUGCUAAAAAGGUGGGCUACACCCCAGACUGGGUGUUUCUACUGAGAAAUGUGAUGCGUGUCAAUCCAGACCAGGGACUGCAGUUCGCACAGAUGCUGGUGCAGGAUGAGGAGCCACUGGCCAACAUCAACCAGAUCGUAGAUGUGUUCAUGGAGGGCAACCUGAUCCAGCAGUGCACCUCCUUCCUGUUGGAUGCACUAAAGAACAACCGCCCGGCUGAAGGACACUUACAGACACGCCUGCUUGAGAUGAACCUCAUACAUGCUCCCCAGGUAGCAGAUGCGAUCCUGGGGAACCAGAUGUUUACCCACUAUGAUCGUGCCCACGUUGCUCAGCUGUGUGAGAAGGCAGGACUUCUGCAGAGGGCUCUUGAACACUACACAGACCUGUAUGAUAUCAAACGGGCCGUUGUGCACACACAUCUGCUCAACCCUGAGUGGCUGGUGAACUUCUUUGGAUCUUUAUCAGUUGAAGACUCCCUGGAGUGUUUAAGGGCCAUGUUGUCGGCUAACAUCAGGCAGAACCUGCAGCUGUGUGUCCAGGUAGCAUCUAAGUAUCAUGAGCAGCUCGGGACCCAGGCCUUAGUGGAGCUCUUUGAAUCCUUCAAGAGUUAUGAGGGCUUGUUUUACUUCCUUGGGUCGAUUGUGAAUUUUAGCCAAGAGCCUGAUGUUCAUUUUAAGUACAUCCAGGCUGCCUGCAAAACAGGCCAGAUCAAAGAAGUGGAGAGAAUCUGUAGAGAGAGCAACUGCUAUGACCCGGAGAGGGUUAAAAACUUCCUCAAGGAGGCCAAGCUAACAGACCAGCUUCCCCUUAUCAUUGUGUGUGAUCGCUUUGACUUCGUCCAUGACCUGGUGCUCUACCUCUACCGCAACACCCUGCAGAAAUACAUUGAAAUCUACGUACAGAAAGUGAAUCCCAGUCGUUUACCGGUGGUGAUAGGCGGCCUGUUGGAUGUGGACUGUGCUGAGGAUGUCAUUAAGAACCUGAUCAUGGUGGUCAGAGGGCAGUUUUCCACUGAUGAGCUGGUGGAGGAAGUAGAGAAGAGGAACCGGUUAAAACUUCUAUUGCCUUGGCUGGAGUCCCGCAUUCAUGAUGGAUGCGAGGAGCCAGCUACCCACAAUGCCCUGGCCAAGAUCUACAUUGACAGCAACAACACGCCUGAGCGCUUCCUGAAGGAGAACACGUUCUACGACAGCGCCGUGGUCGGAAAAUACUGCGAGAAGAGAGACCCCCACCUGGCCUGUGUAGCGUAUGAGAGAGGAGAGUGUGACCUGGACCUCAUCAAAGUGUGCAACGAGAACUCCUUAUUCAAAAGCGAGGCUCGAUAUCUGGUGCGAAGGAAAGAUCCCGAGCUCUGGGCGAACGUUUUGGAGGAAAACAACCCCUUCAGAAGACAGCUGAUCGACCAGGUGGUGCAGACAGCACUGUCAGAGACCCAGGACCCGGAGGAGGUGUCGGUCACUGUUAAGGCCUUCAUGACGGCAGACCUGCCCAACGAGCUGAUUGAACUUCUGGAGAAGAUUGUUCUUGAUAACUCUGUCUUCAGUGAGCACAGAAAUCUCCAGAACCUGCUCAUUUUGACGGCCAUCAAAGCCGACCGCACUCGUGUGAUGGAGUACAUCAACAAGCUUGACAACUACGACGCUCCAGACAUUGCUAAUAUUGCCAUCAGCAAUGAGCUCUUUGAGGAAGCAUUUGCUAUUUUCAAGAAAUUUGAUGUCAAUACAUCAGCUAUACAGGUAUUGAUAGAGCACAUAGGGAACCUGGAUCGUGCCUAUGAGUUUGCCGAGCGCUGUAAUGAGCCAGCGGUGUGGAGCCAGUUAGCCAGAGCUCAGUUGCAGAGAGACCUGGUGAAGGAGGCCAUUGACUCGUAUAUCAAAGCCGUUGACCCUUCAGCAUACAUGGAGGUGGUCAACGCAGCCAGCAAGAACAAUAACUGGGAAGACUUGGUCAAAUUCCUCCAGAUGGCUCGAAAGAAAGCGAGAGAGUCUUACGUUGAGACGGAGCUGAUCUUUGCUUUAGCUAAAACAAACCGUUUGGCAGAGCUGGAGGAGUUUGUCAGUGGGCCCAACAAUGCUCACAUACAGCAAGUUGGCGAUAGAUGUUAUGAUGAGGGUAUGUAUGACGCAGCCAAGCUCUUGUACAAUAACGUUUCCAACUUCGCUCGCCUCGCAUCGACGCUUGUCCACCUCGGGGAGUACCAGGCGGCUGUGGACAGUGCCAGGAAAGCCAACAGCACACGGACAUGGAAGGAGGUGUGUUUUGCGUGUGUGGAUGGCGAGGAGUUCCGGCUGGCACAAAUCUGCGGCCUUCACAUUGUCAUCCACGCCGAUGAGCUGGAGGACCUGAUCAGCUACUAUCAGGACCGCGGCUACUUUGAGGAGCUCAUUGCUCUGCUGGAGGCUGCGCUGGGCCUGGAGCGUGCCCACAUGGGCAUGUUCACUGAACUCGCCAUCCUCUACUCAAAGUUCAAACCUCAGAAGAUGAGGGAACAUCUUGAGCUUUUCUGGUCCAGAGUCAACAUCCCAAAGGUUCUUCGUGCAGCAGAGCAGGCUCAUCUAUGGGCAGAGCUGGUGUUCCUUUACGAUAAAUAUGAGGAGUUUGACAAUGCAGCCAUCACAAUGAUGUCUCAUGCCACAGAUGCGUGGAAAGAAGUGCCGUUCAAGGACAUUAUUGCGAAGGUUGCCAAUGUUGAGCUGUACUAUAAAUCUCUUUCCUUUUACCUGGAAUACAAACCUCUCCUGAUUAAUGACCUGCUGGUCAUCCUGUCUCCACGGCUGGACCACAGCCGAGCUGUCAACUUUUUCAGCAAGAUGAACCAGCUGAAGUUGGUCAAGCCUUACCUGAGGUCCGUCCAGAAUCACAACAACAAGUCCGUCAAUGAAGCCCUCAACAAUCUGCUGACAGAGGAGGAAGACUUCCAGGGCCUGAGAGCAUCCAUUGAUGCCUAUGAUAACUUUGACACCAUUGAGCUGGCGCAGAGGUUAGAGAAACAUGAGCUGAUCGAGUUCAGGCGCAUCGCUGCGUACCUAUACAAAGGCAACAACCGCUGGAGACAGAGUGUGGAGCUCUGCAAGAAGGACAAACUCUACAAGGAUGCCAUGCUGUACGCCGCAGAGUCUAAGGACGCAGAGCUGGCAGAGACUCUGCUCCAGUGGUUCCUGGAGGAGGGCAGAAAGGAGUGCUUUGCAGCCUGCCUGUUCGCCUCCUAUGACCUUCUGCACCCGGACGUGGUGCUGGAGCUGGCCUGGAGGAACAACAUCAUGGACUUUUCCAUGCCGUACUUCAUCCAAGUCAUGAGAGAGUACAUGACAAAGGUUGAUGAGUUUGCAGUGAAGGUGAUGGUGGACAAACUGGAGGAGGCAGACAGCCAAAGGAAAACCGAAGAGGAGGUGACAGAACCUCAGCCCAUAGUGUUCGGUCAGCAACUGAUGUUACCGGCUUCUCCUGCUCCAGUGGCUGCCCAGCCAGCGUACCCAGGCUACGGCUACCCUGCUGCCCCUGCGGGCUUCCCUGCUCAGCCUGCCUACGGCUUCAACAUGUAGAGGCCUGACCCAGCCUCUUCCACCCCUAUAUCCCCUGCACAAACUCACUCACCUAGGACCUGAACCAAACUGAACCGUGCUGCUCUGGGUGUCAAUUGGCAGCGCGGAGACCCCUGAAACUUACCUGGUCCUUCAUUCCCAAUAAGACUGAAACUGCAAUAUAAACCCUUCAUCUUUACUUCUCCACACAUACUGCAGAACGACCCGCUCUUACAAGACUGCUGUACCCUCCCCCGUUUUGUUUUUCCACAUGGACACUAUGAUUGCAUCCCUGAUCUACAUAGCAUGAAGUCACCUCUCAGCUUCUAGAGGAAUUAACACACGAAGAAAAAAACACGAGCCACACUAAACCACCCUGACCUGUUGCUGUUCCAUAUAGACUUUAUUAACCAUAGAGUUUCUUUUCAUAAAGAUUCAGCACUGAUUAGAAAGAGACUCGUUACUGAAGAGAGGAGGGGCUUGGGUGUGUCUCCCCCGUCCCUUCUAAAGCACUGUUACAGCCUUAUUUACUUUGAGGAGGCGGCAAAAAAACUGGCUCAUUUGUUCAUGUUCAAUUUCACAACUGUCUCAUGCUCUGGUUAGACAGAUGGUUACUGUGCAAUAGUUUCUCACAACAGUUACACAAGUGUUUGCUGUAUACCGACUGAGAACAUUUGUUUAUGAGGUGACGGUACUGUGUGUGUGUGUGUGUGUGUGUGUGUGUGUGUGUGUGUGUGUGUGUGUGUGUGUGUGUGUGUGUGUGUGUGUGUGUGUGUGUGUGUGUGUGUGUGUGUGUGUGUGUGUGUGUGUGUGUGUGUGUGUGUGUGUGUGUGUGUGUGUGUGUGUGUGUGUGUGUGUGUGUGUGUGUGUGUGUGUGUGUGUGUGUGGGGCCUCUAAAGCCUUUGAGGGAUAUGUCAACAAACCAAGAGACACUCAAUGAAAUGUCCAUCACCUGCAAACCUUUCGCUGGGUCAGAGCUGUUGAUUGCAUCCGACAACUUUUUGGACUGCAGAAAUUUGGUUUUCCAGGGUGCUUGUGACAACAAGAAAGAGGAAAGAAAGAAGGUGAAACAAUAAUUUAAAAAAUGCUAUAUGCUGUAGUCUGUGCAUGUGCUGCCAAACUAUAAUGCUGCAACCAGGAGCACAAUUUUCAUGUUGCAUAUAUCAAGUAUUACUAAUGUUGUGUGUGACGUUAUAUGAAACUUUUUCACCUUACUAACAGAAAACGGUGAUGAAGCUCCUUCAGACUCGAGUAAAUGAAAACGCUGGAUCAUUAGCUCACAUCCUGGUGCCAGUUGGUUCACAAAAAUAAUCAUUAUUGUACUGAAAACUGUAUAAUUUAAGCUAUAUUGAAAUACCUAACUAAUCAAAGAAUUCAGAUAUUAUGGAAUACUGUAUGUAUUGUCUAUAGUGUGUUGUUGUAGUGUCGAAAAGCAUAAUGAUUUUUGUAAGAAAAUGACAAAAUGCAAAAACAGCAGGUAAUAAUAAAUGGCAAAGUCUUGAGGCAAGGCUGCUCAAAGUGA